AUGUCUAGGCCGGAGGACACGCCCCCCAUGACGUAUCGAUUCCUGGGCCGUUCUGGUCUUCAGGUCUCUUCCAUCUCGCUCGGCGGAUGGCUCACCUAUGGUGGCCACGUUGACAGAGAGGGCACCUUUGCCUGCAUGAAGGCGGCAUACGACUGCGGCGUCAACUUCUUCGAUUGCGCCGAGGUGUACUCUGGCGGCGAGUCGGAAAUCGUCAUGGGAGAGGCCAUCAAGAAGUUUGGCUGGAAGAGGAACGACCUCGUCAUCUCGACUAAGGUGUACUGGGGCCAAGCAUUUGGCGACAACAUUGUCAACAACAAGGGCCUCUCACGCAAGCACAUUGUUGAAGGUGUCAAUGCCUCUCUGAAGCGCAUGGACCUCGAGUAUGUCGACAUCAUCUUUGCCCACCGACCCGACCGCCAGACCCCCAUGGAAGAAACCGUCCGCGCCUUCAACCACAUCAUCGACACCGGCAAGGCCUUUUACUGGGGCACAUCCGACUGGAACGCCGACGAAAUCGCCCAAGCCUGGCGCUACGCCGACAAGCUCGGCCUCAUUGGCCCCGUCACCGAACAGCCUGCCUAUAACAUGCUGCAGCGCGAAAAGGUCGAGACGGAAUUCGCCCACCUGUACCGCGAGAAUGGCGGUCUAGGCCUGACUGUCUGGUCCCCCAUGCGCCAGGGUAUUCUGUCCGGCAAGUACAAGGACGGUAUUCCCGAGGAUUCGCGCUUCAACCAGACCAGCGUCGAGUUUAUCAAAGGCUUCUGGGGCCGCACGACAAAGGAUACUUGGAACGGCAUCAUCGAGCAGGUCAACAAGCUGCAGCCCAUUGCAGACAAGCUGGGCAUCAAGAUGAGCACGUUGGCUUUGGCGUGGGUUCUCAAGAACCCGAAUGUUAGUACCGCCAUCACAGGUGCCAGUCGGCCGGAGCAGGUGUAUGAGAAUUGCAAGGCCGUGGCAGCCGUGGAUAAGCUGACACCGGAGAUUAUGGAUGAGAUUGACGAAGUUUUGAACAAUAAGCCCCCUGCAAUUGUGAUGCGAUUUUAG